CGUCCUGUCAUUCCCAGCAAGGAAAAUGAAGAAGAACGCUCAGGAGAGAAACCUCAAACAGCACACUAACGUCAGGGGAGAAAUAGAGCUUAAGACGAGGAACAGACAGGCAGGAUUUGAGAUGACAACAAGCACAAAAACAACCUGAGAGAGAAUGGAGAACGGGAAUUGGGGGAUGCUGCAAAAGGGAGGGAGGGAUGGAGACACAGAGACAGAGAGAGGAGGGUGAGGUGGAACAGGGAAAGAAAGGAAAAUCAGGAGAGAGAACAGACAGCCAGAGCGGCACAGAGACAGACAGAGGUAGAGCAGGGGCAGGAGACGCCACACUCCAUCCGGCAACCAUGACAACCGAUGCAAGCGCAUGCCAAGCCCCCGUACCCUCGCGCCACCGAUAAAGGAGCUGCGAAUCUUCGGCGGACAGCAGGGACGACUGCAAUACGUGCUGGAACACUGAAAACCUGGAAUCAUUUUGCUCUUUUGUUCAGGAUCGAUUAGUUUUUAUUCCCACCCUUUUACCUGGGGUUGAAUUCAGCUCUCUCCUGCCGUUCAUCAGGGUGGGCUGAACCUGGAUCAAAGGGAACAGCUGGGAACCGCAUGCCGGAGCCUUUUCCACUGUGACCCAUCAAUGGAGUCCCCGAGGUGGGCUUAACACCGCUCAAUGGUUGUCCUCCGGAGCAAACGACCUGCUGGCAGGCUUGGAGACAGAAUUUUCUUGAAAACCGCCUGUGAGAGGGAAGAGACGAAACAUGUAAGCCAGAUGACACGGGCUUUCUCUGGACUUGUGUCAUUUUAUGUCACCGAGUCCACAUGAACCCCAUGGCGCAGCUGUACUACAACAAGGCCAGUAACUCCCCGUACCGCGAUCGCAUCCCGCUGCAGAUCGUGAGGGCGGAGGUUGAGCUGUCUGCCAAGGAACGAGCCUACCUGACAGCGGUGGAGAAGGGCGACUAUGCAGGAGUUAAACAGGCCCUUGAGGAGGCCGAGAUCUAUUACAACAUCAACGUGAACUGCCUCGACCCAUUGGGCCGCAGCGCACUCCUCAUCGCUAUUGAGAAUGAGAACCUAGAGGUGAUGGAGCUGUUGUUGAGCCAUGGCGUGCACAUGGGAGACGCACUCCUCUACGCCAUCCGCAAGGAGGUGGUGGGAGCGGUGGAGUUACUGCUGUCCUACAAGAAGCCAAGUGGGGAGAAACAGGUUCCUUCUCACAUGAUGGACACACAGUUUUCAGAGUUUACACCCGAUAUCACACCAAUCAUGUUGGCUGCUCACACGAACAACUACGAGAUAAUUAAGCUCCUAGUUCAACGGAAAGUCACCAUCCCCCGGCCACACCAGAUCCGCUGCGACUGCGUGGAAUGUGUCUCUAGCUCCGAAGUGGACAGUCUGCGGCACUCCCGUUCACGUCUAAACAUCUACAAAACUCUGGCCAGCCCCUCUCUCAUCGCCCUUUCCAGCGAAGAUCCCAUCCUCACUGCGUUCAGGCUGGGCUGGGAGCUGAAGGAGCUCAGUAAGGUGGAGAACGAGUUCCGGCAGGAGUAUGAGGAGCUGUCACAGCAGUGCAAACUUUUUGCUAAAGACUUGCUAGAUCAGGCCCGCAGCUCCUGUGAGCUGGAGACCAUCCUCAACCACCGGGAUGACCACAGCGAGGAACUGGACCCCCGUGAGUGCAGAGACCUGGCCAAGCUCAAGGUAGCCAUCAAGUACCACCAGAAAGAGUUUGUAGCUCAGCCCAACUGCCAGCAGCUCCUGGCAACACUGUGGUACGACGGGUUCCCAGGUUGGAGACGACGUCACUGGGCAGUGAAGCUUGUCACUUGCUUCAUCAUUGGCCUGCUGUUCCCUGCCUUCUCCCUCAUAUACCUUCUGGCUCCAAAGAGCACCCUGGGAACCUUCAUCAAGAAACCUUUCAUCAAAUUCAUCUGCCACACUGCCUCCUACCUGACCUUCCUCUUCCUCCUCCUCCUCGCCUCGCAGCAUAUUGUGCAAACUGAUCUGCAUGUACAGGGACCUCCGCCCACCAUCGUGGAGUGGAUGAUCUUACCCUGGGUUCUAGGCUUCAUCUGGGCGGAGAUUAAAGAGAUGUGGGAUGGCGGUUUCACAGAGUACAUUCAUGACUGGUGGAACCUGAUGGAUUUUGCGAUGAACUCCCUCUACCUGGCCACUAUAUCUCUUAAAAUGGUGGCCUACUUUAAGUACAACAGCUCUCGUCCCCGUGUGGAGUGGGAGAUGUGGCACCCUACGCUUAUCGCCGAGGCUCUCUUCGCCAUCGCCAACAUCUUCAGCUCUCUGCGUCUCAUCUCUCUGUUUACCGCCAACUCUCACUUGGGUCCACUGCAGAUUUCUCUCGGCCGCAUGCUGCUGGACAUCCUCAAGUUUCUUUUCAUCUACUGUCUGGUGCUGCUGGCCUUCGCCAAUGGUCUCAACCAGCUCUACUUUUACUAUGAGACGAAGGCGUCUGAAGAGCCCAACCACUGCAAAGGAAUCCGUUGUGAGAAGCAGAACAAUGCCUUCUCUACGCUGUUUGAAACUCUCCAGUCUCUCUUCUGGUCUGUGUUUGGGCUGCUGAAUCUGUACGUUACCAACGUGAAGGCUCGUCAUGAGUUUACAGAGUUUGUGGGGGCCACUAUGUUUGGCACUUACAAUGUCAUCUCACUGGUGGUGCUGCUGAACAUGCUCAUUGCUAUGAUGAACAACUCCUACCAACUCAUUGCUGAUCAUGCGGACAUCGAGUGGAAAUUUGCUCGUACCAAGCUGUGGAUGAGCUACUUUGAUGAGGGCGGGACGUUACCGCCACCCUUCAACAUCGUACCUAGUCCAAAGUCUGUGUGGUACCUGUGUGUGUGGUUGCACUGCCGUCUGUGCGGACAUGGAGAGCCGAGACACGAGGACGAGUGUAAACACGAAAACCUCAAAGAGUUCACGGAAAGGCAUGCUGAUAACCUCAUUCAGAACCAGCACUACCAGGAGGUGAUCAGAAACUUGGUAAAGCGAUAUGUUGCAGCCAUGAUCCGCAGCGCCAAAACAGACGAAGGGCUGACAGAGGAGAACUUCAAGGAACUUAAGCAGGACAUCUCCAGCUUCCGCUACGAGGUUCUUGACCUGCUGGGCAACCGUAAACCACCGCGCCGCACAUACUCCUCUAGUAGCGAGGCCACUCAGCAGGACGAAACAGCUGAGCCUGAGGAAGACGAUGACGGCGACGAGGAGGGCGAUAGGUUCGGAGAACCUGGAGAAUCGUCCAGAUCCAAAGCAUCUACGUCCUUCUCCCAAUGUUACAGGAGAACCCGAGAGUCCCAGUUUAGCGUAUCGGCUCUCUUCAAGUCCAUGUCGGGAUCAGCAAGAGAAAGACCAGAAAGCAAUGGCUUGAGAAACAACAUAUCCCACUCGUCUGCGUUUGUGCGGACCAGCAGCCGCCUACAGCGCUUUUCGCGCUCCAAGAAAAACUCUUUGCAGCGUUUGGGAAUGCUAAUGUCUCGUAUGAACGGACACAUCCCGGACCAAAAUGUGGAGACCACAGGAAAUCAGCAGUCCGCAUACAGCAUCUCAGACCAAGUACCGCAGUCGUCUUGGCAUGGUCCCCAGAUGCUGUCAAAGGUAACACAGAGCGAGAUGCACCUGCACACAUUGGGACUGGGAGCACCUGGGACUGAACAGAACCCAACGCAGGCCACAUCUCAAAGGGCCAACGGCAGGGACAGUCUCCUCCUCCGGCCACCCAGUCACUCGCUGCCCCCGCUGCACUGUGCUUCCAGCCUGACCACCUCCAGCGCCCAGCUCUUGGCCUCUAGUGAUGAUCUGUGCCAUGGCUGGGUGGGACCCUGUGACAGUUUGGGCUCCUCCAGCUGGGAACAAGAGGAGUCGGUUACGACACAGCUGUAAAGGCAAAGUCAGCUCAUUAACCUUCCACCACCCUGCUCCUGGAGAGCUACCAACCUACAGAUUUCAGCUCCAAUCAAACACACCUGAACCAGCUUGAUAAUUGCAGGCAAGUGUGUUGGAGAAGGUUUGGACCUGACAUCUGCAGGAUGGUAGCUCUCCAGGAGCAGGGUUGGAGGUGCCUGGCUUAAGACGACUGGUUCAAAGCUUCGACAACAGUGAAGGGCCUGCGACACUCAUGCUUCAGCAUCUUUAUGCUUUGCACUAGGAAUGCAGCAAUAUAUCAAUGCAGAGUCAAUUUGUGGAUAGAUUCUGAGAUUUUCUGAAUGCAUCGUGAUUCUUCUGGAGUUUAUUCUGAGCUUAGUUUUAAACGGCAGACGGCACUCUAGUUCUUAACCACACACUCAAAUGCUAAUGAAAAACAGCGCUGAAGAGCCAUAGCCAUUGCCCUUGCAAUUCGCUUCAACCUUGUCAAACAUUAUGAAUGAUCAUUUUAGGUUCAAGUGUGUAAGGAAUUGGAAGCAAGCACAGUACGGCCAUUUCUAAAGCGUGCAGUGCCAUCUGCUGUUCAAAAAUAAGCUCAGAAUAGAUUUGAGAGAGAAUUACAAUGCAGUGCAUGAAAUCUCAGAAUCAAUCCACAUAUUGAUUAUGCAUUGAUUUAUUGUCACAUCCCUACUUUGCACACAUUGGGCCUUAUUCACAAAACACGAGCAGAACGAAUUGUGGAAAAAAACAUUUGUAAAACAUCAUUGCAAGCAUCAGUGCAACCAUUUACGUAACGCCUAUCCUAGCAAUUUGGAAAAUUUGUUCGACUUGUGUUUCUUGAUUGAGGUCACUGGGAAUUUAUAUUCAAAGGUGAAGUAUGUAAUUUCUGUGUGAAACAAAAAAAACAAAAAAAAACAAAAAAAAAAAGAUUCGCAAAAGAUUUGGAAGUGUACAUCCAGUGGAAAUUUUACUAUCCCAUGAGGCCACAGGAGAGGGUUUGUGAACAGCAAUAAAGUGACAACUGAUGCUGGUAGGUCACAUGAUUAUAAUAAGUCCAAACAAAGACUUUAUAUGUGACCCUGAACCACAAAAGCAGUCUUAAGUAGCACAGGUAUAUUUGCAGCAAUAGCCAAAAACAUAUUGUAUGGGUCAAAUUAUCAAUUUUUCUUUUUUGCCAGAAAUCAUUAUAUUAAGUAAAGAUCAUGUUCCAUGAAGAUAUUUUGUACAUUUUCUACUAUAAAUAUAUCAAAAAUUAAUUUUUGAUUAGUAAUUUGUAUUGCUAAAAACUUAAAUGUGAUUUUUUCAAUUUUAUUUUUUUUUUGCACCCUCAGAUUCCAGAUUUUCAAACAGUUGUAUCUCAACCAAAUAUUGUCCUUUCCUCGCAAUAUUGUAUAGACGUCAAUUUCAAAAAAUUGACCCUCGUGACUGAUUUUGUGGUCCAUGGUCACAUAUAUAUAUGAAGACUGUGCACUCCUAUUACUUAAGCCUUCUAAAUGAUAGAGCCAGUCGUUCAUUAGUAAAGUCAUUUCAUCACUGCAGUUGCCGUUAGAUGCCGCGGUUCUUAUAGAAACAGGCAGUGUUUGCAAACAGUAAGUUCCCUUUUACAUGUUGUUUGAACAUUAAUGUGUGUUGGCAGUGUAUGUACAAAUCUACCCUAUAAUGAUAAAAAUCCAUGCAGUGGUUUUUAAUUAAUCUGUAAAAAAAAAAUAUUCCCUUUUUCAAAUGGAGCCAUUCUCAGAUGCCUGUCGUUGUGGCGUCACACCAACAGAGGCCGCUCCCACCAUAGUUGAUUGCCAUGAGCGUCUUACCUCAGAUCAGUCGUAACAGUCCAACCUCCAUGUUUUGGUGCUGGAUGUAGGUUAGACAAGAAUUGAGUGAUUGAGGUGUUGUGUUGCUGGAUGUAAUAAUGAACAUAGUGGUCGUCAUUUUACUCAUCUGAGCCACUGAAGAUGCAGUGGAUUAUGUUUGUUUGUGAAGGGAAUGCGCCUCCUGAUUUACAUAUAUCUGUCUAUGUUCGCGCGCGCAGGGUUUUUUUUUAUGAAUCUUUGCAAUCGCCUUUCCUAAUAAUGUGCUAGUUAGCAAGUUUAGCGGCUAAAGUAAACAGGCUCGUCACUCCACAGAGAGAAGAGAGGGGCGGGGCGAGCAGAGCUCAUUUGCAUUUAAAGCAGCCUCGACCAGAAUGGAAUGAUUUUUGCAGAUCUGAUUUUGGCAAGAUAAAAGGGGUGUUGUUUUACACUACCACUGAGGAUUUUUAAACCAAAGUAUAUUACAGACUUUUCAUUAAGACCCUAAAGAAUCAUAUCAACUUGUGGAAAAUGGGCAUCCAAUGACUCCUUUAAUAGGCCUUUGAUUCAGAUUACCUCAUACUACACAUUUGUACCAUAUAGCAUGUACACUUUUUGGUAUUUACAAAGUAAUUACUUAUUCAAAAGUACCUAUUCGGAGUGUAUGCAAUUUUGGACAUGAUCUAUGCAUAAAAGUGUAGUUUAAAUACAAUUCGUACAUACUACAUUUACCAUGUCACUUUUCCAACAUUUGCUAAUCAUCUCACAUUGCCUUAUGGGUUAGACAUCUCUGCAAGUGUCGUCAGAAUCCAGGGUGUCCAGGUAUUUUUCCACAUACUGUUUUUUUUUUUUUUUUUUAAUUUAAUCCUGCCAAUUUGGACAUAGACGUAAAAUACUAUUAGCAGGUAAGCAGACAUGUUCCGAUAUUGGGACUGCAUUACACUUUUCAGGAAUUCAGCUUAUGAACCCUUGAACAGAACAUUUGAUUGUAACUCAGAAAUUUGCCCCCAGUGGCAAAUGGAAUGGACACGCAUAUAGGACAAAUGACCAGUGAUGGGAAUAACGACGUUAUAAAUAAACGGUGUUACUAACGGCAUUAUUUUUUUCAGUAAGGAGUAAUCAAAGAAUUACUGUUUCCCCCGUUACAACAGCGGAAAUGACAAUAAAAUGCAAUGUUGGUAUAAUUUAUUAUAACAUUAUUAUAAUUUUAUUUUUCAGUUUAUUACUGUACCGGUAUUUGUGUCAAAAUAACGGAGUUCCUUUGGAGUUCUUCAGCUUUUUAGAACUGGCAGUUUCUUCGGUAGUAGGUGGAACUAAUACGCAAACAGCAAUCUUAUUGGCUGGCGCUCAUCUAUUAUUGUAUCUGUUUUAAUUUCAGCAAAUCAGUUUGAGCGAACGGAGACAACGUGAUUAAUAUUCAUUAACCCAGCAGCUAAUUAAUCCUUAGUGCAUUUUAUGUUAUUAUUAGAACUCGAAUUAGUAGUAGUUUUGUUAUCUUAUCAGUAUUAUUUUUCGUGUCGCUUUUGUGUAUAUAUAUAUAUAUAUAUAUAUAUACACACACACACACAGGAUAUCAGGCAUUUAAUAUUAGUCUGGAAAAAUGUAAUUCACUUAAUUUAAAUUUCAUUCAUUUACCCUUUAAGAUUGGGGGCAUCCAAGUUAUUUGACAUAUUUGAACAUUUUUAAAAGUAGUAACAGAACAGUUACUUUCCUUGGUAAUUAUUUACUUUUAUAAUGAUGUAACUCAGUUACUAACGCAGUUACUAUUUGUGAUAAGUAACUAGUAAAUAAAAUAAAUUACAUUAAUGUAUUUCUUCUUGCAUUAUUUUCAACAAUCAAGAAUGUAUGAAGUAGUUAAAAGUAAUUCUCACCUCGUGCACAUCGAUUUCACUGGAUUCCAGUCGGCAUGUUGCAUAGGGUCUAAUUAAUUUUUAAUGCAUUUGAAGCUCAAAUCGGAUCUAAACAUUACUACUACUACUAAAAAUAACUACAAUAUGAACAGGGUUUCCACAACAAAAUUUGCCCAAUUGCUUCUCAAAACUAGUCCAAAACGAGCUCAGUCAAGCUCCAGGGGUAAAUAUCGUGUUAGUGGGGUCGCAGAGUUGAAAAACAACCCAUGGCAAAAGUGAAAAAGUAGCCAAAUUCUGUGGGAAAACUGUGGACAUGGCAACACUUGCACCGUCAUAUGGAAGCAAGUACUGAGGGUAUGUAAACUCUUUGAAGCAACUCCCAUGAGCACAAAAUCAUGACAAAUGUUGAUCUAUACUCCAUUCUAUUCUAAACAUCUGACCUGUAUUGGAUUUAGUACCACAUAUGGCACAAAUCAGAAUUAAAAAGAUCAGAUCCCAUGUAGUUUGUGCCGUUUACAAUGCUAUGAGAAAAACAGAUGAAUCACACAUGAGCAAAAAAUUCGGAGUUGGGACACAUUUGUCUGCAGUGUGAACGUUUAGUUGACUCUGCAUAGGAUAGGAAAAAGUAUCUGAACAUCAAAAGAGAGACACACUUCACCUUUAAAUGUAAACAGUAUUUGCUAUGUUGGCACCUCCUGUGGCUUUAUUUGAAUUUUUUGUUCUUUUUAUUUGAAUUUUGAGCAAAAUUAUCAUGUCAGAAUACCAGAGUCAUCAAAAAUCCCAAAGAAAGCAAAACUUUGAGCUCUUCAAAAAAUACUUAAGUGUGCAUCCAAGCGACUCACAUAGAAUGCAAUAUGCAUUUCAAGUAUUUGUUAUAUGAGAAUGUUCAGAUGCACCCAUAACAAAUGUAGCAGCCCUCUUUUACAACUCCAUCCAGUGUAACAACCUGUUUAUUUUGCAAGCGUUUUAAACCAGAUUCGUUAACUUUUUAAUUACAGACCAUCUGCACCGCAUGCUCAGUUCUGAUGCUAUAAUGUUCUUCACUGUCAAUGCUAGUGCAAUAUUUUUGAAAACAAGCUUAAACUGCAGACUUGAAGAUUGUGUGUGUACUAUAGAAAGCUCAGAAGUGGAAGUAGAACCAGUGUAUGAAAUAUAAUGUCUCAUACGUAAUGUAAAUUAUUUACUGAUCUUGAAGUUUAAUCAGAAGACAGGUAACAGAAUGUGGAUCUAAAGAUAUAUGCAUCUUUGUAAUACACUUGUGUGUACACCUAACAUAAAUGUUUAUAAAGGGCACCAAAUGGUUUCAAAUGAAGCUUAAAAAUAUGCUACAAAAAUUAUGCAUCUAUGUGAUUGGUAAUUUCUUUUGUUUUUUCACAGAUGUUUUAUAGCAAAUGGUGUUAAAUAGUGAUUUGGCUCCUAGAAACACAACGCAUGAUCUAAUAUUUAGAGUUUGUGUGGAAGCUCAAUACCGGGUAGAGUUAGUUUAUCUCAUGAUCCGUCACAAAUAAUAUUUCAAAUCAAUUCUGCACUUACUGUUGUGGGUUAGUAACUUCCCAUUUGUUUUGCUUCAUUAUGGUUUUAAUUUAAGCUGUAAGGUAUCUACAGUAAAUUCUAAAUGCCUUUUUUGGUCAAAUUUAUUUUCUAACAAAUUAUUUUUCUAUAUUCUUUUUUUUUUUUUUUUUUUUUGACAUAAGGGGUACGUUUUUGUUAGACCUCAUGUAGAAGUCAUGGGUGAAGAUUUUUAUACCUUGAUUUAAAAUAGAGGCUUCAGUGGUUUUCUAUUUCAUUUUUUGUUUGUGGUCACAUCAACUAAAUAAAUCAUAUCUGGGUUAACAUUGCUAAUGAUUGAAACUGCACUUUUUCCUGAUGUUAAUGUCAACA